AUGGAAACCCUCUGUUGCGGCGUCAUUACCAUAGUUAUAGGUCUUCAUUGUACUGGAGUGAGGACACAUCCAUCCAGUAGAAGCAGUGUUUUACUCCAUCCUGAGUGCCAGUGGAGCGAGUAUCUUCCGACAAAUUGUUCUUUUACCAGAAAGCAUGAAAUGCCUGUGGACACAUCACAGACAGCAGCCACACUGGAGAUCAGCCUCAAUUUCUUUAGGGUUCUCUUACAGUCUCACAAGAAAAAAGAAUGGAAAAUAAAACACCUGGACCUCAGUAACAAUCUCAUAUCAAAAAUAACCUUAAGCCCUCUGGCGUAUUUACACACCUUGGAAAUGUUAAACCUCAGCAACAACGCCAUCCACUCCAUCUCCCUGCAUCUGCCCAGGCCUAAGUCCUCAUGGAUGAAACGCCACAAAAGCAGCGUGGAAACUGGGCUUCCGUUUCUAAAGGUGCUAAUUCUUCAAAGAAAUAAGCUCAGCGACACUCCUAAGGGACUCUGGAAACUCAAGUCACUGCAGAGUUUGGAUCUGUCGUUCAAUGGGAUAACACAAAUUGGAUUUUCUGAUUUCCAUAAGUGCCUGCAGCUAGAGUCUCUCUAUUUAAAGGGCAACAAGAUAUUCAAACUUCAUCCAGGAGCCUUCAAGGAUCUCAAAAAGUUACAGAUUGUAGACCUCAGCAACAAUGCCCUGACGGCCAUCCCACCGAUGAUGACCAUGGCUCUAGAACUUCCCCAUCUGGAGGUUGACUUGGCUGAUAACCCCUGGCACUGUGACAACAGCAUGGCAGCCUUCCAAAAGGUCAUUUCUGAAUCCUGGAGGGAAAACUGGAAUGUAAUUUGCAAUAAGUCUAUAGGGAACGAGGUGGCAGACCCGGGAGCACCCGGGAGCCCCAUUCCCGGAGAGCCCCGCACCCGCAGGAGCAGCUCGGCCUGGAGCACGGCGGGGACCCCCGGAGGACGCGGGCACCUGCGCGUCCCCACCCCGGGGCAGCAGGCACCGGGCAGCGCCGGCGUCGGGGAGGAGAGGAGCCCGCGGCCUGGACGGCGGCGGAGAGCGCGGGACGCGCCGGGAGAGGAGGGCGCCCGCGGGGACCUGGCCCUGGCCGUCUGCCUGUCGGUGUUCGUCACGUUCCUCGUGGCUUUCUGCCUGGGGGCUUUCGCAAGGCCCUAUGUUGACACACUGUGGCAUCAGAGGUGCCGCCGCAGAGGCCCCGGCUCGGAUCUAGCCUAUUGCAACGCGGGCUUCUCCGACUACAACGCCGCGGCGGGGGCCGCUCCGCUCCCUGAGACCCGCCCAUGCCAGGCUGCCGGCGGCCCGCACCUCUAUGACAGCCCGGCCUGGUCCCCGGGGGCCGCCGCCCUGCCGGGAGGGACGCUGCGAGGACGCGGAGCAGAGCCUGGCAGCUGCCACCCCAGCGGGACCCGCGCCCCGGCGGGAAGCGGUGGUGACAAGGCGCUUCCCGGGGGCGGCGAGGCGGGCUCCCUUCCCCGCCCACACCCCAGCCCCGGCGACGACGGAGCAGCCUUGGCAGCGUGGGGCCACAUCCCCAGGCAUGACAUUCAGGGCGAACCUCCAGCGGGUGUCUCUCCGGUGGCCUGCACACCGCUAACUGUGCCCGACUCCGGUCCUAAUGACAUCGACUUCCACCUCCCACUCUCAACAGCCGUGACAGCUUCUCGCUCGAAAAUGCUAACACAAACGCAAGCACAGAGGACUGGCCAGAGCAGGCGAGGACGGGACACCGAGCAGUCCCCUUGGGAAAGCGCUGCCUGGCACAUGGGACUUUCCAAGAAGACGCAGGCGAGCGCUGUUAGUUUGGGGAGCCCACGGCAGUGGAGCCUCAAGGAGGCCAAGGCCGAGGGAGAGCUCCCAGCCUACCCCAGGGCUCCCACACACAGUGCCCCAGGACACAGGGACCCAUCGGCCUUCCCUCCAAGAUGGGACACCAACCUGGAUGUCACUCCUGCUUAUGAGGAACCAGUACAGAAAUCUGCUCCUUCUGACACCCAGCACGAGUUGGAGAGUGACUGUGACUCUGAUGAAGGCUCAUUGUUCACUCUGAGUUCAGGGAGUUCAGAGGGUGCCACCAACACCGCUGAAGAGGAGGCAGCUGGCCAGGACAGCUGCAGGGCCACUGAGGCCCUACAGGACGAGAGUUCAGGGACAGGCAGGGACAAUGUGACAUCACUAGAAGGUCCUAAGGACAGUGUCACCUUCCAAAAUAUUGUAGGGAAAUACAAGAACCAGGAAGAUCAGUUUGAAAAACCUCUCUCUUCUGGUCCAGACGCUGCUUUGUGCAAGACUCAUCUGGAAAAUGUCCCUAUCAUCAAUGAAUUUGAGGAUCCAUUGCCUUUGCCCCAAGCACUGGGGAACAGCCCUGUAAGGGACGAGACUCUGGACAUGUAUGUUUGUGACUAUGACGAGUUACUUCAGUCCAAGGCAGCAGAAUGGCGUUGCUCACUUAGAGACUUGGAAUUUGCAAAUGUGGACACUGAACCACAGACAGCACCGCCUGCUCCUGACAGUCCGGCAGAUCCUAGUCAGAGCACCUGCUAUGGGAGAAACUCAAACAUUUGUACACAAAAGCCUUUCGUGCAGGGAAUAGACACAGCUCAGAAAGACAUUCCUCCCAAGAUCAUAAGACCUUCACAACAAGAUCCUGAAAGAGAGGAGGUGAAUUCCAAUGAGAUGGAAAUUGAGGCAAAUGACGGCCUUGUCUGUCCACUUGAAGACUGUGAUUCCAGAAAGGUUAUAAACCAAACCCAACUGUUACAAUCCUAUGGUGAUGAACCUGCUGUUCCGUGUGAACAAGGAGAAGGGGAAUAUUUUGAAGAUGGUUCCCAAAACCACGCACUGUUAUUACAAGAACUUCCAAAUAAAACCAGUUCACUAAGACUACAAGGGCACUUCAGGGAUAGAGAUUGGGGUGAAUAUUCAGAGCAGACUCUGUUGCACUUAGAGAAAGAUGAUUCAACUCAUUCUCCAAUGCAGACUCAGAGCAGUCUGGUGGGAGUUGGCUCUCUUUGUGAAGAACAGCUACACUAUGACAAAGACAGGAGCAUUCAACUUGAUAAUCAAAGGGAAUUCAAGUGACACUCUUAGUGCUUGUUGAAGCACUUUAUGGAAAUGCGUAACAGGUUUUGAUGAAUUCUGCACAAACACUAGUACCACUUUUGGAGAUUGGUCAUGAAACUGCAAAAUUGAAAGAAUUCAGAGACAUUCUAAAUAUUUUUAGAGA